CCGCGCUUCUUUCGGUCAGUUUUCUCCCGUGAGUUGUACGCGCGCGUUCUUUCGUGAGGACCGGCUUCUGUGUCGUACAGUCUUUAGGCCCUACAACCACGAGAAACAGAACUAGUUGUGUUGAAAUAAGAACUAUUCCUCCCGGCAUCCUGUGGAUACCCGCAGAACAGGAGAGCCGCACUGUUCAACAUGCGCCAUCGACUUUCAAGGUCGCUGGGACUUGUAAUAUUUAUAAUAUCAGCACACGUGCACGAUUCUGCCGCCAAACAUCAUCAUAUAAAAUUAAGGCACGGAAGGCAUCGCCGACAACACGGCGAAAGUUAUCUGCCCAGCAGCUUCGUACCGGACACGGAUGAGCCCGAGAGAGGCAACUGGGGACCAUGGUCGACACCCAGUUCCUGUUCGCGCUCCUGCGGUGGCGGAGUCGCCCAUCAGACCAGACAAUGUCUCGACAUAGAUGACAGUGGUCAUGACAAGUGUACUGGCGCAUCCAGGAGAUUCUUCUCGUGCAACAUACAAGAAUGUCCUGGUGAAUCGAAGGAUUUUCGUGCGGAACAGUGCGCGGAGUUCAACAACGUACCCUUCGAAGGAGUUUAUUACGAUUGGAUUCCGUACACCGGAAGUCCGAAUAAAUGCGAACUGAAUUGCAUGCCACGAGGCGAGCGAUUUUUCUACAGGCAUAAAGUCGCCGUGGUCGACGGCACUCCUUGUGAAUCUGAAAAGAACGAUGUUUGCGUCAAAGGCAAAUGCAUGCACGUCGGAUGCGAUAUGAUGUUGGGCAGCGAUGCCAGAGAAGAUGCGUGCAGAGAGUGCGGUGGCGAUGGCUCAGAUUGCAAUACCGUUACCGGCUUAUUUGAUACAGACGACCUCCAAGUGGGUUAUAUUGAUAUUUUACUUAUUCCCGAGGGCGCGACAAAUAUCGUUAUAAAAGAAAAUUAUCCAUCUAACAAUUAUUUAGCUAUACGCAACACAACCGGACAUUACUAUUUAAACGGCAAUUGGAGAAUAGAUUUUCCGCGCAGCUUGCGCUUCUCCGGUACGAUCUUUCAUUACGCUAGAGAUCCACAAGGAUUUGCGGCACCUGAUACCAUCACGGCUCUGGGACCAACGAAUGAGCCGAUUUACGUAGUGUUGCUGUACCAGGACCGCAACGUAGGAGUGCAUUAUGAGUACAGCAUACCCAAGAAGUUCUCGACGCGUACCGAUCCGGACAGUUACACUUGGGUAACCGAUGAAUUCUCAAGUUGCAGCGUCAGUUGCGGUGGAGGCUAUCAAUCGAGACGAGUAGCUUGUGUACGAAGGCGCGACAAUCAGCCGGUGGAUGAGAGCUUAUGCGAUCCGCAGUUGGAACCGGCUGACACUCAGAGCUGUAGCGAAGAACCGUGUCCGCCUGGCUGGGUAGAAGGCCCGUGGUCAAAUUGCACGAAACAUUGCGGCGAAGGGGGCGAGCAGACCAGAGAGAUCAAAUGCGAGCAAAUCAUCUCGGGUGGAAUUGCUUCCGUGGUGGAUGAUUCUCAAUGUCUGGAAAAAAUCGGGCCGAAAGGACUCACUAACCAGGAAUGCAACAAAGACGUGGAUUGCCCACUGUGGCACGAAGGGCCCUGGAAGCCUUGCGAUCAUAUAUGCGGGCCUGGUAAGCAAACCAGGGCAGUCACGUGCUACAAGAAGGUGGACGGCAAGAUCCAAGUGUUGGAAGAUGAGGCAUGCGAAACGGAGGUGCCCGAACGUGAAAAAGAUUGCGAACUGAGACCUUGCGCUGGUCUCGAUUGGGUUGCCUCUGAAUGGAGCGGAUGCGAGGAAAAAUGUGAUCUCGUCAAAGAAACCAGAACGGCCCAUUGCGCUACUCAAGAUGGCACAGUUUAUCCAGAUGACUUGUGUGAUGCAGACAAAAAGCCGGAAUUGGAAAGAGAUUGUGAGAAAGCCAAGAAUUGCGAUUUCCAGUGGUUUACCUCGCAAUGGAGUGAGUGUUCGGCAAAAUGCGGAAACGGCGUUCAGACGCGCAAAGUGUUCUGUGGUACUUUUAGUGACGAUACUGUGAAAAAAGUUUCGGACGAGAAAUGCGAUCCUGAAAAGAAAUUUGAAAGUACCCAGAACUGCACCGCUGAAGAACCGUGCAAGGGCGAAUGGUUCGCAGGGCCUUGGAGCAAGUGUUCGAAGCCAUGUGGCGGUGGCGACAUGACUCGUAAAGUGAUAUGCAUGAGUGAAAAUAAGACGGUACCUGUGAGUCAAUGUAAUGCCGAUGACAUUAUGUUCUCUACCGAAAAAUGCAAUGAUGAACCUUGUGAAGAAGGUGCGACACCGAGCGACAAGGAGCCGGAUGAGGAAACGACAGAGGAGGAGGAGGAAGAGUGCGAGGAGGAAGAGGAGGAAGAAGAAGAAAUAGCUGCCGGUGAAGUCAGUCUUCCUGCGGGGAAGGGCAAACUAAUCGACCAAACAGAAGCAACAUCUCUGAGUUCGCUGUUUACCGAAAGCGACGUUUACGACACUAUGUUUAGCGAUUCUACGAGAGGCGAUAUAUCACCUUCCGAAUUGGGUAGCGGCGAAGGUAGCGGCGACGAUGAUUUUACCAUGUUUGACACUGGCUUCUUCACCGGCAGCACUAUCGAUACCGAGUCUACCGAUGUCGAAGAGAGCGAAAGUCCGGUUAGCGGAAUCACGACGGAAGGCAAAACCGGCACGACCGAGUUUGGCACAGAGGUAACCGAAUCGGACAUCACCGAAGGAACUGACGUAACGCUCGAAGGAUCCGGGACUACUAUCGAAGAAGGAUCCAGUAUCAGCCCCGAAGAAGGAUCCGGCGCGAGCGCAUCUACGGACGAAUUCACUCAAACAUCGGGAUCCGAUAGUGGAAUAACGGAACAAUCGACAGAUUAUUCCGUUUCCAGCGAAUUGACUAGCAGUGUAGAUUCUGAAUCAACUGCCAGUGAUAUAACGACUGAUUCAAGCGACGUAACAAGCGAAUCGGCUGACACCGAUGUCACUUCAGCGGAAACCACGAUUUCUUCGACGAGUGAAUCGGAAGAAUCCACCGAAACAGAAACGACAAAUACCGAAACAACAAAUACCGAAACGACCGAUUCGACAGAGACUGAAACAACACAAACUACCGAAUCCACAGACACAACCGAGUCUACGGAAUCUCCACCAAGUACAUUAUCUUCAGAGACGGAGACCACAGGUACAGAGGAAACAGAAACGACUGAAAGCGAGAUCACCUCCGAAACGACGUCUGAGACAUCAACAGUAGUUUCUGAGCUAACAACCGAAUUAAACGUACCUGGCGAGUACGAUUUCGGUUCUGAGGAACAAAGUACUGACACUAUAACUACGGCAACGAGUCAAACAGACGAGAGUAGUACAAUAGUUAGCAGUACGGAAGACACUACUGUUUCUGAAACGAGUCCAUCGGGUGAGACUGAAACUACCGGUAGCGAGGUAACCGAAUCGGGACAAACUACAGAAUCAGGAGAGACAACUGAGUCCGGUAUUAGCACAGAAUCAGCUGAGACAACAGAAUCCGGAUUGACGACCGAAUCAAGCGAAUCUGGCGCGACAGAAUCCAGCGAGAGUACCGUCACGAUUUCUACGGAGACGGAAGUUACGGAGACUACCGAGUCAGGUAUGACAACCGAAUCGGGUGAGACAACUUUGUCAGGCGAAACGAGUGAAUCGUCGGUUACGACAUCGUCUCUCGAAGAGACAACAGUAUCCGGUGAGACGGAAAUUACGUCCUCCACGAUCAGUGGAGAAACCGAUCUUACCGAAAAGACUCAUAUCACAGAGAUAUGGACAACUAGCUUCCCAGAAACAACAACCAAACGGCAAUGCAAACCAAGGAAGAGCUGCAAGAAAACGCCCUUCGGAUGUUGCUACGACAAUAUCACCGUUGCACAGGGACCAUUUGGUCAAGGUUGCCCGACACCGCAAACAUGCAACGAGACACGAUACGGUUGCUGUCCCGAUGGCGUGUCACCAGCCACUGGCCCCAAGAACAAGGGUUGUCCCGACUCUCAUUGUAACGAAUCACUCUUCGGUUGCUGUCCUGACGGUGUUACUACAGCGCAAGGCAACGAUUACGAAGGAUGCAAGAAACCGUGUAAAGAAACCGAAUUUGGAUGUUGUCCUGACAACGAGACUGCAGCGAGUGGACAGAAUUAUCUGGGAUGUUGUAAUAUCACCAAGUUUGGUUGCUGCCCAGGUGAUAUGAAAGCCGCUUCUGGUCCUAAUGGCGAAGGUUGCGAGGAAGAAGUUACUGAAACAUCGGAGAUAUAUGAAAUAACAACUAUUUCACAAGAUUGCGCAAACACCACUUACGGUUGCUGUCCUGACGGUAUUAGCAUUGCAAAUGGUGCCAACUUUGAGGGGUGCGGCGUCAUUAAUACCGAAAAUUGCAGCGCGUCCUACUUUGGAUGUUGCCCUGACGGAGUUUCCGCGGCUCUUGGACCGGACAACUAUGGCUGUCGCAUGCCAUGCCAUGACAGUGCUUACGGAUGCUGUGAGGAUGGAGUAACACCGGCACAUGGACCGAACAAUGAGGGAUGCUGCUUAUCGACCCCGUACAAGUGCUGUCCGGAUAACAUUCUGCCAGCUCGUGGACCAAACUUCUACGGCUGUGGCUGCCAAUAUACGAGAUUCGGUUGUUGCCCGGAUAAUUCGACGGCGGCGCGCGGACCAAACAAUGAGGGCUGUGGCUGUCAGUACACACCCCACGGUUGUUGCCCGAAUCGGUUUACCCCUGCCAACGGACCUAAUUUCGAGGGUUGCCCGUGUUACACUUACCAGUUUGGAUGCUGUCCCGAUGGCAUUACUAUCGCCAAGGGCUCCCAUGGUCAAGGUUGCGGAUGCGAGAACACGCAAUAUAAAUGCUGUUCGGAUGGCAGAACGCCAGCUAAAGGACCAAACUUUGCGGGAUGCACCUGUGACGCAUCGCAGUACGGAUGCUGUCCCGACGGAAUCGAGGAAGCUCAAGGGGAGAACUUCGAAGGUUGUCUCACAGUACCUUCAAUGCCUGGUGCUGCAUGUGGUUUGAAGAAGGAUAGAGGCUCUUGUCGAGACUUUACAGUCAAGUGGUUUUAUGAUACCGAUUACGGUGGUUGCUCGAGAUUCUGGUACGGAGGCUGCGAGGGUAACGAAAAUCGAUUCAAAACACAGGAGGAGUGCAAAGAAGUUUGCGUUCAACCGAAAGGAAAAGCUGCUUGCUUCUUACCAAAAAUCGCUGGUCCUUGCGAAGGAUAUCAUCCAACGUGGUAUUAUGAUGCCAACAGGAAACAAUGCGGUCAGUUCGUCUAUGGUGGUUGCCUCGGCAAUGCUAACAAGUUCAAAACAAGGGAAGAGUGCGAAGAACUUUGCGUCACACCGGACGAUAUCGAUCCUUGCGAUCAACCGAAAGAAGCAGGUCCUUGCGCAGGCAAUUUCACAAAAUGGUACUUCAACCGAGAAUCGCAAACUUGCGAACAAUUCGUAUACGGUGGUUGCAGAGCGAACGACAACAACUUCCCGACAGAAAUCGCUUGCCAUCAACAAUGCUUACAGCCAGGUCGAAGGAAAGAUAUUUGCACGUUGCCACGGGCGGAGGGUACAUGCAUGGAGAAGCAAUCUAGAUGGUACUUUGAUCAAUCAGAGAAUCGCUGCAUGCCAUUCUAUUACACUGGUUGUAAUGGCAAUAAAAAUAACUUUGAAUCUAGAGACGCAUGUGAGUCUGAUUGUCCGCCUAAAAUUGAACAAGAUAUCUGCCUCCUGCCCGCUCUCCUGGGAGAGUGCCACAACUACACUCAACGAUGGUACUACGAUUCCUAUGAGCAACACUGUCGGCAGUUCUAUUACGGUGGAUGCGGCGGGAAUGACAAUAAUUUCGUGACCGAACAGGACUGCGUCAACAGGUGUGAAGUGGCCGUUACCACACCGCCUCCACCGGGACAAGUCGAGUUCCGGACAGAAUUCUGCUUCCUGCCCGACGAACAUGGUCCUUGCUCCGAGAAUCAAGUCAAAUGGUUCUACGACAGUCGUGAUGGGGUUUGCAAACAAUUCCGAUACGGCGGCUGUCAGAGUAAUGGCAACAAUUUCAACACUCGCGAGGAGUGCGAGUAUCGCUGCGGAGAAGUUCAAGAUCCUUGCAUCCUGCCACAAGUGAUCGGUCCUUGUAACGGUUUUGUAAAGCAAUUCUACUACGACAGACGCAGUGAUGCUUGCUACGAGUUCGAAUACAGCGGCUGCCAAGGCAAUAAGAAUCGCUUCCAGGAUAGAGAAUCUUGCGAGAGGAAGUGUAGGCGGCAAACACCACCGGAGGUUACUCAAGCACCAGCCACGAUAACUCCGCCGACUGGAGAACCGAAGAGUACGAUUUGCUUGGCGCCGGUCGAUUCUGGCGAUUGUGAAGAAAGUCUUACCGCGUAUUACUACGAUGCCCAACAUCAGAUGUGUCAGGCGUUUAUUUAUGGCGGAUGUGGUGGAAAUGCCAACAGAUUUCAGACCGAAGAACAAUGCGAGCGGCUCUGCGGAAAAUUCCAUAGACAAGAUAUGUGUAAUCUCGCUGUGGACUCCGGCCCAUGCAGAGGCGCUUUCCGCAAAUACUAUUAUGAACCAAAUUUACGUGCCUGCCAUGAAUUCAUGUAUGGUGGAUGCGAUGGCAACGCUAACAGGUUCAGUACAAUUUCUGAGUGCGAAUCCAUUUGCAUACAUCACGAGGAACCUCUACCUCCCGGAAACGACACCAGUGUUUCAAACUUAUCGAUCUGUAAAGAACCAGUUGAUAGUGGAUCUUGCACGACCGGUGCUACGAAACGAUUUUACUUCGACGAGGAACGUCAAACGUGCCGGGCGUUUAUUUAUACCGGAUGUGGUGGCAAUCGCAACAGAUUCAAGACUUUCGAAUCUUGCAUUAACACUUGUCUUAGGACGAGUAACGAAAUAGAUGUGGAUUCGGACGAUACGAAAGAUCGGUGCGCGGAAGCCAGAGAAGAGUGUAAUAUCAUCCGUUGUCCGUAUGGUAAAGAGCAAUACGUGGAUUCACAGGAUUGCGAACGUUGCCGAUGCGUCGAUCCUUGUAGAACGCAGAUCUGUCCUGAAGGUACUCGAUGCGCCAUUACGCUAGUCGCUACGCAAGACGGCACGGAAUACAAAGGCAUUUGUCAGUCAAUCGUUAAACCCGGUCGUUGUCCAAGAAUAUCCAACAGCACGAGAUGUGAGCAAGAAUGUGUCACGGAUGCGGACUGCCCCGGAGAAUCGAAAUGUUGUAACAGUGGUUGCGGUACAUCCUGCCUGGAACCUGCACCGGAAGAACCUUUGACAACGACACCACAACCCUCCGUUACCUUACCGCAAUACGGUGGUGAACCUGCGAAGAUUAAAGAACCCGAAGAACCUCGUGUCAGCGCGCAAGAAGGUGGCUACGUCACGUUGAAAUGUGUCGCGCUAGGAAAUCCCAGACCGAUCAUCACAUGGAGAAAGGAUACUACAUUGAUUGGACCUUCGGAGAAAAGACGACGUAUACUACUCGAUGGAUCUCUUCAAAUCAUUAAUUUAUAUACUUACGAUAGAGGAACUUAUGUGUGUACCGCUGAUAAUGGUUUAGGACCACCGGUAAGAGCGGAGUAUCAAUUGGACAUCACAGAACCGAGCGAGCUUCCCGUUGCCAUCAUCGGAGAGCCCGAUACUCGCAUAACGGUGACGAUGAACUCGCCGAUAGCUCUGCAUUGUUAUGCCAUGGGAUGGCCGAGGCCAUUAGUCACUUGGUGGCGUGGCGACCAAAUGUUACCUCUGUUUUCGGACAAUUACGAGCAAGACACCGAUUAUACUCUUCUGAUACGCUCGGUAACACUAACCAGCCUCGGCAUUUACACUUGUCAGGCGUUUAACGGCAUCGGUACACCGGCCUCUUGGUCGGCGACCUUGCAAGCGAUCGGGCCCGUCUACAAUGUUAAGCCCGAACACGAAGAGUACACCAAGUAUCUCGUUCAACCACCGAAGAGACCUACUACUGAGAAACCGCAGUAUCCUUACAGGCCUACCAGAACGCAAUCUCCCGAGCAUCAGACCUACGCUCCCGUUUAUUCCUCGAAACCGCCUUACAUUCCUCGUGUUAUUCCUCUCGAAACCACUACCGUUGAGCCUGGUAGCGGUAGGUUCAAAGUGCCGGUCAAGGUCAACGUAUCGGCAGGACAGUCGCAAUUCCCUGAAGGCAGUGACAUAAGCAUCGCUUGCACCGUCGACGGUUAUCCGAUUCCACGUGUACUCUGGUAUAAGGACGACGAACUUAUUCAAACGAACAAUCGAAUAAAGAUUUCUGAACUCAAUCGACUUAUUAUUAGCGAUGCAAAUCGAGAGGAUUCUGGCCGGUAUCGAUGCGAAGCGGCCAAUGACUUCUCCUCGAAUUCCGAUAGCGUUGAUAUACGCGUAGCUGGUAUCUUUAUUCAUCCCCAUUGUCAGGAUAACACGUUCUUCGCCAAUUGCGAGCUUAUCGUGGCGGCCAAGUAUUGCACGCACAAAUACUACGCAAAGUUCUGCUGCCGAUCGUGCACGGAGGCCGGCCAGCUGCCGGCGAGAGGACCGCAUAUCGACAAUUCGAGAAGAAGAAGGAGAUCGAUUCUGCGAAUGCUCGUAUAAGAUACGUAAUCGACUUUUCGGUAUUUCCGACACACGUGAUAGCACAUAUCGAUUCUGGAUCGUGGCCGGCGGGAUUCGCAAUAGAAAAUAAAUGAGGAGAGGAAGUUAUUGCGCGUACCUGCCCCUAUCGGACGUGCCGGAUAAUCGACUUGUUAAAUCACUGCCAAAGCCUUAGAGCGUUUAUACAUAGGUAUAAUAUAUGUGUACGGUAUAUUCCCAUCAAAAAGAAGCGUGCGAAACUCGAUAUCGCGCAUCUUGACCUGCGCGAUCUCGUUCUUUGACGUUUUUAUCCAUGUAUAUACGAUCUGACGCUGAAUCCUAGUCCGACGGAGCCAUAUUAGGCGGGGUAAUUAACUCGUUCUUAAGAGACCAGUGGAAAUGUCGCGACUGCGCGUACCUUCCAGAUGACAUCCCGCGUUACCGAAGUAACCAAUGUCGACUGAUUAAGCGCGUAAUUUUGCGGAUCAUAUUAUCGAAUACGUGGGAAAUAUUGUUUCCGAACUGGUGUCCUUUUAAGUAUAUAUUUUAUGUGUCGCCAUAAUAACUGUACUUCAGGUUAAUCGUAGAAUAAUUGCGAUAAACUCACAGCAGCGUACCCGCAAUAAUGUGCGAUUCUUGUAAAUUUCUUUUUGUGAAGUCAACAGCGAAGCUUUUCGGCAAUUCCUGCACAAUCUUGAGAAUACGAUCUGAAGAGUCUUCAUCGAUGUGGGACGAUAUAGCGUAGCCAUUCCUUUCUCACGCAGCAUAGGGUUUAAUGAGCACGAUACGACGAUAUGAGAAUGGAAUGAUAUACAAAGUAAAGUUUUCUCUCAUAGAACAGUUAUCUAACAAUAAGUCGAGUGAUGUCCUUCUUCAUUGGACACACUGUAAUGCGUUAUUAAAAAAGGAACUUGUACCUAUUCCUAUUAAGCGUAUGUGCACACGUUACGUUGUAUAAUAUAAAUAGUUUAUUAUGCAAUAUGCCAUUUAUACUCUAUAAUAUUGUUAUUACUUAUUUCUUACACUCGUACAUGUGUUAGCAUAACGCCUGCCGACUCCAAGAUAAACUCGUUAUCUUUUUCGUUAUCAUAUAUACAUAUAUCAUUCUUCUUUUUUAGACAAAGAACGCUUAACAUUUUAAGAGCAAAUGUCGGUAUUAGACAUCUAUCUAAUGAAACAAAGAUAAUAAACAAGCAGAACCUUAACAUUUAUAUUCAGUUGAGAAUUUUGAUGAUAUUUAAAUUUUUGUUAAUUUAAUUUUUUGUCUUCUUCAAAGAUAAAAAGGCUUUCAAUCAGACGUGUAGCUUUGAUUUGAUGUACAUUUUUUGAAAACAAUUUGAAUUGUAUGUACUGAAAUGUUUAUCCAUGAAAUUGAGAUUGACUGUAAAUGCCCAUUUGAGACUUCAUUAUUCGAUAACAAUUCUGAAAGUAAAACUAGAUAAUUUUUACAUGAAUCUUAGAUAUGCGCAAACAAGAAACAUGUAAUUCUAUUUAUGCAAAGAACGCGUAAAUAUAAUUUCGCGCUCGCUUAAUACUCUUAAAUUAUGCGUCGCAUCGCAUCUUUCACCUGUCGUGACACGCAUGUACAGCCAAUCUUCUACUUUAUCCAAUCAGCCAUUGCAUUCGUGUGCAAAUUUGCUGCAUUGAACUAUUAAUUACGCACUGUUUGCUAUCGUUAGACGCAUCGUCAUUCGUGAUGUGUCAAGUAGAUCGUAGAAAUACCGAUUAUAAAAAGUUGACGAUCAUAAAGAUAAAACGGGAAGAGGAAAGGUACCAAAACGCAUUUAUAUACACACCGUAAGUGUAAGUCGUAAGUCGAGAUCGUUACCGAUCAGAGUCGACGUAUCGCAAAACCUCUAGGACAACUCCUGAUUGUUCCGUACUUGCACCGAUUCAGUCGCAGUAAAACGCAGUGCCUUAUUAGAUGACCUUUGAAAGGAUUGGGAAAAGAGUGCUGAAUAUACACGACGUCUCGUUAGUAUAAAUAGUUGUUCACGUAUCUGCGUAUUUCUUUCUCACAUGACGUCAGUAUUGUUGUCGUAUAUAAAACAAGAUAGUAGAUUAGAUUCCGGUAGAUUUUCAUCCGGAAAAGACAUUAUUCAUUCAAAAACGCGAACAAGAAUAGUAUCGACGAAGAUAUUAAGUACUCUUCUCCUUUGUGCUCUCCUUUAGGUAUGACCAAGAGAACAUGUAAAACCGUUAUAGCGAAUAGUACUACGUAGCAUAGUGACCCAUUUAAUUCGAUAAAGCGAUCUAGUAAUGAUAUAUAGACAGUCGACGUUGAUCAGUUGUCUCCCGUAGAUUCGGAAUUGAUUACAGGAAACGGAAACGGAUGGAAAACGGAGGAGUGCGAAAAGGUAAUUGCGUUAAAAAUCGUAAAGCACAUCCUAUAGGUGUACAUCGCCCGUGUUAAAAAAUCGUUCUAUUGUAAAUAACUAUUUACAUCGUAUGAUUCGAGGCAUUGUCGCCUGCGAACAUGCCCCGUCACUUUACGUAUAUAGAUAUAAUUUUCACACAGCGUUGAUUUAACUUCAAGUUAACAUUACGUAUCACGAAAGGGUGACAUAUCUUGUACAGUAAGUACCGAUGUCCAUAUAGGUGCGUCUAGCAACGUGUUACGAUUACAUCAAUGGACCUGAUUAAAUUGGGACCGCGAUUCUCACACGGAAUCGUUGGAACUUACCUCGCGCAUAACGACGUCGGUUAUCGAUAAUGAUCCGCUGUCUUCCUCGACACACGGGCAAAGUGUGUCGCACUUUUUUUCCUAUUUUGACGUUGCGAUAUUUCAUCACGAUCGAGUGCUACAAAUUUCGACACAAAAUUGACCUCCUUGUAGAAGAAAUUUGCCAAAAAAGAAAGGAACCACGAUUCAUAUCCCUCAUGCGUUAUAUCGAUAGAGGUAUAGAGCUCAUCACAACAGUGCUACCGUAAAAGUCUUAUAGCGGAUGUAAUUGUAAUUGUAAGUACCCGUAGGUAAUGAUUAACAUACAUAUAUAUAAUUUUAAAAUAAAAGUAGAUAUAAAUAUACGAGAGAAUGCCAUUAUCUACGAUUAUUGUAUGGACAAUAAUAAUAUAUAAGGUCCUUAAAUAUA